AUGGGGAAGCAGUACUUCUUGGGACCCGCCCAGAAAGGCCUGGGUGGGUCGGGCGACACGGCUUACCCCGGAGGCCCGUUCGUCAACCCGUUUGGGUUCAGGAAGGAUGAGAAGUUGAUGAAGGAGGUUAAGAACGGGAUGCUCGCCAUGAUGGCGAUCUUGGGUUACUUUGUACAGGGCCUUGUCACGGGCCUCGGCCAGUUUCAAAACCUGUUGGAUCACUUGGCUGACCCGGUUAACAAUAACGUGUUGACCAGCCUUAAAUUCCAUUAA